CCCGGCGGCCACAGCGGCUAGCCCUCUGCGCCCUUCUUCCGGAGCUUGGCCCGGCCUGCGCUCGCCGUCCCCGCAGGGGCAGCGUUCCCUGCGCCGGGCCGGGAAGCCGAGGCGAGCCGGCGGCCCAGGUGUUCCCGGUAGUCCCCGCAGCGCCGAGCCGCGCCCAGCUUCCCCGCGCCUUUCGUGGCGGUCGGUUGCCGGGGGUUCAGGCCCGCUGCACCGGCUCUUGAGAUCCGAAAUCGGUAGCGUUCAGGCGCUUGUUUACACGGAAAUGAGUGGUGGAUUGGCCCCCAGUAAAAGCACAGUGUAUGUCUCCAACCUGCCCUUCUCCCUGACGAACAACGACCUAUACAGGAUAUUUUCCAAGUAUGGCAAAGUUGUAAAGGUUACUAUAAUGAAAGAUAAAGACACCAGGAAGAGUAAAGGGGUUGCAUUCAUUUUGUUUUUGGAUAAAGACUCUGCGCAAAACUGCACCAGGGCGAUAAACAACAAACAGUUAUUCGGUAGAGUGAUAAAAGCAAGCAUUGCUAUCGACAAUGGAAGAGCAGCCGAAUUCAUCCGAAGACGGAACUACUUUGAUAAAUCCAAGUGCUACGAAUGUGGGGAAAGUGGACACUUAAGUUAUGCCUGUCCUAAAAAUAUGCUUGGAGAACGGGAACCUCCAAAGAAGAAGGAAAAGAAGAAAAAAAAGAAAGUUCCUGAACCAGAAGAAGAAAUUGAGGAAGUAGAAGAAAGUGAAGAUGAAGGUGAAGACCCUGCCCUGGACAGCCUCAGCCAGGCCAUAGCCUUCCAGCAAGCCAAAAUUGAAGAAGAACAAAGAAAAUGGAGACCCGGUCCAGGGGGUCCCUCCACAUCCGAUGACUCAAGACGGCCGAGGAUAAAGAAAAGCACCUAUUUCAGUGAUGAGGAAGAGCUCAGUGACUGAAAUGGCAUUUACUGUGUAAAUGUCCCUAAGAUGGAAAAGCCCGGGAGCGUACAGUUCAGCUGAGGGCCAUGGUUACUUUUAGAAUUUGAGAUAAAAACACUUAAUACCAAACAGUUUUUUACUAGAAAGUAGUUCAUAGGAAAUUUAAAAAUAAAUGGAAAGUAUUAUGUUUCUCUCUUGCCUUCGCACAGUACAGUUUGAGCAUCCCUAAUCUGAACUGCUGAGCACUGCACAGUCUGAAGCCUUGUCAGUGCCGACACAGUGUCUCAGGCAGGACAGCGUGACAGUGUUACACACCCUGUGUCCUGCUGCCUUCAGGCUGUGUACAUAAAGCUUGACAAAACCUAGUGAAGUUCCUGUUCAGGCUUGGGCCCUUCCCAUCCCUGUGGUAGCUCAUUAUGCUGUGCAACUACUAGAAAAUUCAGAAAAACCCAGAAAACAAAAUACUUCUGGCCCCAAGUGUUUCAAAUAAGAGAUACACAACCUAUACUAAAAAUCAGAACUUGCUACUACUAAUCUGAAAAGAGCUAAUGUUAAUAAAAAAUAAGAAAGUAUUAUAAUGCUGUUGUCAUCCCAUGAGAAAAAGGUAUUAAAAUGAUUUGAGAUGUUCAUUCCAAAACUUUACUCGUGUUUGAUUGGUUUACACGGCUUUCAAAACUUAGUCUUCAAAACAAAUGCUUCAUAAAAUGUUAAUAAACUUUUUCAAAAGAAUUUUGUCUGUAAAUAGAGGUGUUUCAUCAUUUUUUAAUGUAUUUAUUUGAAAGGCAGAGUUACACAGAUAGAGGAAGAGGCAUAGAGAGAGAGAGAUCUUCCAUUGCUGGUUCACUCCCCAAAUGGCCGCAACCCACUUCUUUCCGGUCUCCCACAUGGGUGCAGGGACCCAAGGACUUGGGCCAUCCUCUGUUGCUUUCCUAGGCCGUUAGCAGGGAACUGGAGCAGAAGUAGAGCAGCCAGGACUCAAACUGGCACCUGUUAGGGAUACUGGCAUGACAGGUGGUAGCUUUACCCACUACACCACACAGCAGCCCUGUCAUCUUAUUUCUUUUUUCUUUAUCUCAAUCUGGAUAGGUGGUGAAUACCUGUACAGUAGUAAAGUAGCUGUAGAAGGUUUGUCACCAGUGUUUUGAGGACUGACAAUGAUAGGAAGAUCCAGCUGAGCAAUUUGGAUUUCAGUAAGCUCCAAGCGUCUUCAAGUUCCCCAUCCUGUCAGACUCCUCAGUAAUGUAUUUGACCUCAAAAAGAAAAGCGUGUCAUCAAAGCAGUUACUCCUGCAUGCCGGUAUAGCACCAGACUGUACUGUCUGAGAGCAGCUACUUGCAAACUCCCUAGCUGUGUCUUAGGAUACGUAUGACAUACUGCUAAGUGAAGUACUUACUUCUGUCAUUUAAUUUGUAAAGGGGGGAGGAGAAUUUUCAAUCUCAUGGACUCCUUGCAACUUCUCUUAAUCCUCCUGUUGUGACCAUGUGGAUACUUUGGGGCCAGCGCUGAGGCAUAGCAGGCUAAGCCACUACCUACAAUGCCAGUAACCCAUUCGGAUGCCAGUUCAAGUGUCAGCUGCUCCAUUUCUCAUCAGCUCCCUGCUAGUGUGCCUGGGAAACCAGCAGAGCACCCACAUGAGAGACUCAGAAGAAUCUCUCAGCUCCUGUCUUCAAUCCGGCCCGGCCCCAGCUGUUACAGCCAUCUGGGAAGUGAACCACCACAUGCAAGACUUUUCUCAAUUAACACUGCCUUUCAAAUAAAUUAUCUUUUUAAAAAAUGUUCAUUAAAUUCCUAUUUUUGGUGGUUUUAUAACUGUAAAUAGUUUUAAUUUCAUGUAUUAUAUUUGUGUCUGAAGCCUUCCUAUACAUAUACUGCUGUAGGUGGUUAUAAGGCUGUAUAUUUUGUGUGUUUUUGUACUAUGUGAAUACUUUGUAAGAACACUGAUGUAUUUUUCAGUUCCUAAAAGCAGUAAAAAUAUUUCCACUUUGAAAACUACAGAGGCAAUGAAACUGUUAACCAUCCUCUGCAAGGAAACCCAGCAAAAUGACUGCAUCUGUACCUUCUGUUACUAAGUAGUCACCCAACACGAAAAUUGAAACCAAAGAAAAAAAUUGGGAAAAGUUUUCUGUGAAAGUGUAUGGAGUGGUGGAUGUCUUAUCUCUAAAGCUGGGAACCCCAACUCACAGAACCCAAGCAAAGCCCCAGUGGGCCAGGUCUGUGUCACAGAACCCCAUUCAUGAGACAAGUAGGGUCUGUCCCACUUAGCCUGCACAGGCAAAGGGUAUUCCUUAGCAGAGUGGUACCUGUUUUCAGUUUGAACCAAUGUAGUCAUGACUGUAAAAAUUUCUUGAAUUUAGGAGCCAGUGUUGUGGUGCAGCAGAAUAAGCCCACCCUUGGGAUGCCAGCGUCCUGUAUCAGAGCACCAAUUCAAGUCCUGGCUGCUCUGUUCCAGUUCAGCUCCUGGCCAGUGCACUGCAAAGGCAGCAGAAGAUGGCCCCCAAAUGCUGGGGCCACUGCCACCCUUGUUGCAGACUCGGAUCGAGUAUUAGCCUGCUGGCUGGUCCAGCACCCACCACUGCAGCCAUUUGUGGAGUAAAACAGCAGAUAGAAGAUGUCUCUCUGUUGCUCCCUCUUUCUGUAAUGCCACCUUUCAAAUAAAUAUUUUUUAAAAAAGAAUAA